AGUCCCCACGAACAGCAAAUAUGGGUAUCUCUCGUGAUUCGCGCCACAAGCGCUCGGCCACCGGUGCCAAGCGGGCCACUUACCGCAAGAAGAGAGCCUUCGAGAAGGGUCGCCAGGCCGCCAACACCCGUAUCGGUGCUAAGAGAAUCCACCUGGUCCGCACCCGUGGUGGUAACCAGAAGUUCCGUGCUCUCCGUCUCGACUCCGGCAACUUCUCUUGGGGUUCCGAGGGUGUCUCCCGCAAGACCCGUGUCAUCGUCGUGGCCUACCACCCCUCCAACAACGAGCUGGUCCGCACCAACACCCUGACCAAGUCCGCCGUUGUCCAGAUCGAUGCCGCCCCCUUCCGUCAAUGGUACGAGGCCCACUACGGCCAGCCCCUUGGCCGCAGACGCCAGCAGAAGACCGCCGAGGUCACCGAGGAGAAGAAGAGCAACAGCGUCCAGAAGAAGCAGGCUGCUCGCUUCGCCGACCACGGCAAGGUCGAGGGCGCCGUUGAGAAGCAGUUCGAGUCCGGUCGCCUCUACGCCGUUGUCUCCUCCCGCCCCGGCCAGAGCGGUCGCGUGGACGGCUACAUCCUGGAGGGUGAGGAGUUGGCUUUCUACCAGCGUGCUAUCCGCAAGUAAGCGUCGUGUUUACUUCAUAUAAAAUUUUUCCAAUUUCAUAAAAUUUUACAAAAAAUGGAUAUCUCGCGCGCUGUGCUGGUGUGGUUGUGGUCUCUGGGAAGGAAUGAAUUAUUAUUCUUCGGAGUUAGCAAUGUAAUGAACUGGUAGCUCUGAGAAAUGGAUGAAUUAUGCAAAGUUCAGAUCUGGUGAUACUUGGGUUUUUUUU